GAAAUUCUCCCAAAAUUUCCCUCCGCCACAACAAUUCCUUCAAGGUUUCCUCUGUACUUUUGUUUGUUUGUCUGUUUCUUCGAAAUCCAAAUCCCAUGCCAAAACCCUACCAACUGUGAUAGUACUCUCCCUUUUUCUUUCCUAAAUUAAUAACUCCCCGUUCUAACUUUAAUGGACUCCACUGCUUCAUGGCUCUCCUCUCUUUCCCUUCAUCGCCAUUUCGAUUCUUUUCUCCUCACUCGAUCCUUCGUCGCCGUUCCUUCGUUUGCUCCUUUUCUGCUGCUACCGACGCCCGCUCUCGCUCCGCCAUUCUCUGGUUCAAACACGAUCUCCGCAUCGAUGAUCACCCCGGCCUCGCCGCCGCCUCUCAAACGCACCGUUUUGUUCUCCCUCUAUACGUCUUCGAUCAUCGCAUUCUCUAUCGUUAUUCUGAUGAUACGCUGGAGCUACUUCUCUUCGCAUUGGAAGAUUUGAGGAACUCUUUGAAGGAACAAGGCUCCAAUUUGAUGGUUCGAUUCGGCAGCGCUGAAAAUAUCAUCAAAGAGCUUGUAAAAGAGGUGAAAGCUACGGAUGUGUUUAUUGAAGAAGAGGUAGAGUAUGAAAUGCGUCAGCUGAUUGGAGUUGUCAAGGAGACAUUGGAAACGUCGUCGUCUUUAGAUGGAAAUUUAGACAUUGUCAUGUGGAGAACUCCAUUCUAUGAUAUCAAGGAACUGAAGGAGCUACCUGCAUCAUAUAAUGACUUUAAAAAGAUGAAGUUACUACCAACUUCGCCUACCCAUCCAGCAACAUUACCUGUUGCAGAGACCGAGUUAGAUUGGGGUCCUCUACCUUCUUUUAGUGAUAUUAGGGAUUUUAUCGAAGAGAGAAUAGGAAAAUCGAAAGUGAGUUGGAAUUUGAUGAAAGGGAAGUCAGCUGAAGUCAUAUUGAAGGAGAAUUUUUCAAAACUAUCAGGAACCAAACCAAAAUUUUUGAACGUUGAAAGCAAUGAGAGAAGGAGACUCGAUAAAUCUGUUUUUGUUACACGAAAAGGUGAUAUUGUGGGUGGUGGAACAAACUCUGUGCUGAAUGCUUUGGCUGCAUACCUGAGAUACUUGGAAGGAACAGCCCGAGAUGACUGGCAAGAAGUACAUGAAAGGCUACGCAAUGCUGAAACCCGUGAAGGGGCCUCUUUUACUUCACUUUUUGGUCCUGCUCUUUGCCUUGGCACAAUAUCUAGAAGGACAGUGCAUUAUGAAGCCAUCAAAUAUGAGAGAGAACGUAAUGCUGGAUUCUUAUCUCCAUUUGGAUAUUCUGCAGCCUCUGUUGCUGCAGCGGCUGAUGCUGUAUGCUCCAUGGAGUGGUUUUCGCUUUUGGCUCUAAAAAGUCAGCUAAGUAAGGAAGGACUGUACUCUAUAUGUAUUUGGAGGUGGCGUGGACAUCUAAUUCAGGAACCAACAUUUUUUUUCCUCCAGUACACAGUAGUCGGAUAUGAAGGUCCUGCUAUUCUGCUCGUGCAUGGUUUUGGUGCCUUUCUCGAGCACUACCGUGACAAUAUAAAUGGCAUAGCUGAACGUGGGAACCGUGUCUGGGCGAUCACACUGUUAGGAUUUGGCAAAUCAGAAAAGCCCAACGUUGUGUAUACCGAACUUCUGUGGGCUGAACUACUGAGAGACUUUAUCGUUGAAGUUGUGGGUGAGCCUGUGCAUCAAGUGGGAAACUCAAUUGGUGGUUAUUUUGUCUCUAUUGUUGCUGGUCUCUGGCCUGCUUUGGUCAAGUCUGUCAUCCUUAUUAACAGUGCUGGCAAUGUUAUUCCUGGAUUUUCUUCUCGCCGCAUUUCUAACGAGAGGCAAACCUUAGCUGCUGCAGGGCUGGUUGCUCAACUUCUUUUGUUCUAUUUGAGGUUGAAUAUCAGGAACACGGUUAAAAGUUUCUACCCAACUAAAACCGACCGAGCUGAUAAUUGGCUUAUAAAUGAAAUGCUAAGAGCAUCCAAUGAUCCCGGUGUGAUAGUGGUCGUGGAAAGUAUUUUCACCUUCGACCUCUCAAUCCCUCUGAACUAUCUCUUGGAAGGAUACGAGGAACGGGUUCUAAUUCUACAGGGAAUGAAAGACCCUCUCUCUGACUCAAAGGCCAAACUAGCCAUGCUCAAAGAGCAUUGUACCGGGCUUGUAAUAAAGGAACUGGAUGCUGGUCAUUGCCCCCACGAUGAGCAUCCGCAGGAGGCCAACCGAAUCAUCUGUGAAUGGAUAGUAGCUGUUGAAAGAAAACUAACCGCAAACACUUAUUCGUAGCGCUCGGCAUUCCUUCCCAAGUAAGCCUCAUUUUUAUCUCGAUGCUGUCUGUAGUUUGUUAAA